UCGGUGAGUAGCUGCGAUACACAAAGGAUCCCGGGGUUUGGAAACUAGCUUAUGGGUACCUCCGGGAUACGAGGGUACGACGAACAUCGGAAGGAUCGAUGCGACUACUCGGAGGCUCUGGUUGAACGGGUGAAGGAGAAGGAGAAGGAGAGCGAAGUUUCAAAAGUCGCCUUGGAGAUGAAGGCCCUCAAAGGGCAACUGGACGAGAUGAGGAAUUUGAAGUAUGAUAUCACCUCACUUAAAGGCUCAAUCUCGAGCCUCCAAACUCCAGCGAGAAGACAGUUCAUCUCACCACGGCAGAUGGUGGAUAACAGGAAGACGCCGGCGAAGCAGAAGAGUACGCCGAGAGUUGAGGAGGCUGGACGAAGCAGAACGAUGAAGAGACCAUUACGAGGAAAGGAUCCGCGAAAGAGCGCCAGGCGCACGUCGGCAAGAAGGAGGAUCCUACAAGGGAAGCAGAUUUCGGAGGAUAUGCUGAGCGCUCUCCAGAUGGAGGAUCUGAAGAAAUUAUGCGUGAUGCACGGGGUCUGGUACAAAAGCAUGUCACAGGCGCGCGUAGCAUUGAGGAAGAUCUCGGGCCUCAUUGUAUCGGACACUGAAGAUCUUCCGGAUAAGAAGGAGACGAGGGGCGAAGCCAGGGGUGGUCGAGCCGGUGACGAUGUUGAAUCCAGCGAAUCAGAGUCUGAAGAUGAAGAAGGGGAUGGUAGUUCGUCUGAAGAAGUUGAGGUAGAAUACUCGGAAGGGCAGGCCACAUCCAAGGAUGUUCAGCCAAAUGGGCACUAGCAGAUAUCGGCAUCCUGUUCGAGU